AUGCCCUGGGCCCCAGCUCUAACGGAGCAACAAAAGUGGGACACACCACAAGACAGCGUCGAGAGGGUCACAAGUGCGAUACGGAUGAUCAGACCCUGUACCGGGCUUGUAGACGACCACAAUCGAAUCGCGCCGAACAUGUUUCACCUCCUCGACUGCGGCCAUGUUGUCGUUAUCGAUGGGUCGGAUACGAGAUGCGGUAGCAACUGCCGAUACCCCAUAAAUGGGGCCAACCCACGGUUCUCAGAGACUGUCGCACAGUCCCCCACGGCAAAUACCAUCGACGUUCUCUCGCCCUCACACGCGGAGAAAUCGUAG